AUUUUCAUCCUUGAAGUUGAUGAUAUGACGAUAAAAGUGUUUUCUUAAUUUUUUCUAGAAGUUGGUUAACCAUCUCAUCAAAUGUCGUUGAUAAUAAAUUUAUUAACUUAACCAAAAGCCUAACAAAUUUCUGACAAAGUAUAAAAAAUCAUCAUAAUCCAGAUAGAGAGAGAGAGAGAUAAUUUUUAUCCUAUCCAUCCAUCCAAACCAUGAUGAAGAUUAUAUUUGUGAUAUUUGUUUGUCUUUUUAGUGAACAAUUUGUUUCUAUCAAUGGUUAUCCAAAUAAUAUAAAUAAUGAUCAUUAUGCCUCGGAUGGAAGUGAAACUGAGGAAAUUGCCAAAAAUCAUCCAAAGAUUAAAUCUAAAGCCCUCACCUUAGCUGCCAAUGAAGGUGAUACAAUAACAUUCCCUUGUGAAGUUGAUGAUUUAGGUUCUCUCUCAGUUACUUGGGGAAGUAAAAAAGGCUCAAAUGUUACUCAACUUUUUUUUGGUUCUUAUCGUUUUCUCCAAGAUGAUCGGGUUUACCUUGAUGGUACUAAUUUAGUGAUUAAAAAUGUUAAGCAAACCGAUUCGGGGAUUUAUACGUGUAAGGUUUCAACCGAUAAAGAGAUCUCUGUGAAUCAUACGUUUUUCGUCAAUGGCCGUCCUCAAAUAAUGAAAGAACCUGCGACUGGUAAUAUUACCAUUGGUCAAGGUCAAACGUUAAAGUUAACAUGUAAAUCAACCGUUGAUCCUAAGCCUGACAUUAAAUGGGAAAAAUUAGACAGUAAACUUACUGUUAGUGCAACAAAUCAGGAAACAUUGACCAUACCCAAUGUUGGACGAUUAGAUUCUGGUCGAUAUCGGUGUUCAGCUUUUUCCUUCUAUGGUAGUGAUAAUCAUGCUGAUUUCGAGGUGGUUGUUGAAGAGGAACCAGAAAUCGAACUGCCUGAGCCUCAUGUUUACACCGGAAUUGGACAAGAAAUUAAACUUCGCUGUAGAGUCUAUGGUAAUCCAACACCUAAUGUUUAUUUUGAAAAUUCACGAGGAAAUCGGUUACCCAGUAAACCGGGUGACAAUAAAGAAUACGUUUCAACGUUAAGUAUUCGUGAUGAGAAUGAUUUUGGUAAAUAUUCUUGUUAUGGUUUCAAUAAAUUUGGUAAAAAAAGAGCUGAUAUUGAAGUUUCGGGUCGACCAUCAAGACCAAUUAUUCUCAAUUCGGAUGCUGAUUUUCCCACUUCAGGAGAUGAAUUUGAAUUAAAAUAUCAAGUUACCUCCUAUUCACCAAUAACAAAAGUUUUAGUCACUUACAGAUACACAAAGGAUACGGAAAGCUUUUCAGAUUGGAAUACAACGGAAAUUGACCCGAACAAUGUCAAUGGUCCUUCUUACAAUUUGAAAUACAUUUUACAGAAUAUGGAUCGUAAAACAUACGAGGUCAGAGUUUACGCUGAAAAUAAAUAUGGACGAAGUGAGGGUAGCGAAAUAUAUUCAAUUACUGCUGAUGGAGCUAAAGAACACUGGAAAGUCGCUGGGUCAAGUUCCUACUCUAUUAAAUCAUCGUCAACCAUUUUGUUCAUUUGUUCAUUACUACUACUCGCCACAAUGAAUGAGAAUUAAACUUUUUUCAAACAAUUCGACAUCAAUUGCAACAUUGGAAAAAAAUUAUCGAUAAAAACAAAAAACUUAUUUAAUUACAAUUAUUAUAUAUAUAUAAUUAACGAUAAUGCUUUACUUGUACAUUUAAUUAAAAUAAAUUGCGUUAUAAAGUAAAAUUAA